CCUCCGCGAGGGAUGCAACCUGGCCCCGCUUCUGUUCAACUUGUUCUUUGCCGCGAUGCUCAUGGUCGCCGUGGCCGAGUUCGACAAGGACCCCAAGGUGACGGCGGACGUGGUCAAGAUCGGGACACAAGUGGAGUACACGGGCAAGAAGGGCAGGUCGGCGGGGAAGAAGACGACAGUGGUGACGGACGCGGAGGCCCUGUGGGCCAUGCUCUACGCUGACGACGCGGCCAUCGUCUUGCGCUCGCCGGAGAGUCUCGAGAAGAUGAUGUCGGUCAUCGUGCGCGUGGCCGGCCUGUUCGGACUGAUGGUAUCGGAGCCAAAGACGGAGAUCAUGUGCAUGCUGCCGAAAGGGAUCGAGGAACGCCCGUUCACGGUCAGAGCCGCCGGCCAGACGUACAAGCAGACAGAUCGGUUUGUGUACCUCGGACGUACCAUCUCCGCGGACGGGAAGGCCGAGCGGGAGAUCACGAGCCGCAGCUGCCGAGCGUGGAAGUGCUACCGCCGGAACAGUGCUUCGAUGUACGACAGGCGACGGGCCAACCGCCAGCUCAAGAUCCGGCUACUCCAGGCUGAAGUGGUGGAGACUCUCCUGUAUGGGUGCGCCUCGUGGAGCCUAACAGCGGAGCACUACACGAAGCUCAAUGGGACCCACCGCCAGUUCCUUACACGGUGCAUCGGCUUGAGCAAGCGGAAACGCUCAGACCGCCCCUUGUCCUAUGCCCAGGCCCUUAUCCAGGCAGGCUGCGAGGAAACUAUCGAGGCCACCGUGCGCAAACGGAGACUGUGUUUCACAGGCUUUGUUAUGCGCAUGGAGGACAACCGCCUCCCCAAGCGCAUGCUGCUGGGAGCGAUGGCGGGGGGUACCGGAUACCGGGGCGGGCAGGAGAGCGACUGGGUGUCUUGUCUAGGAGAGGACCUCGCGGCCUCAACAUGGGAGACGAAAAGGAAGGGGGGUAAAUGGAAAGAGAGCGCCAAGGACCCGGAGGUGUGGUACAACAAGGUCGAGGACGGGGCGGCAUGGUUCAUGAGGAAAUGGCACAGGCAGGAGGCGGAAGCGUCCGCGAAGCGCCAGCGCGCGAGGGAAGCAGAAGCAGAGAGUACGGCCAUCUCAGGACCGAAGAGAAAGAGAGUCGGGGAAGCGGCGGUGGGGGGGAAGAAACGGCGAUCAGGCACUGCUGAAGAAGCGAGUAGGGCGGCCGAGGCAGCACUUGUGGCGAACUAUGUACCCGGCUGA